GAUGGCCGACCUUUGUUACAGCGCAGGUUUUCGGGUCUUUGCUAAGAUCUACGAGAUUUAAACCUCCCAGCUCGAUAAAUAACAUCGCAGCGGCCUGUUCCAGGUGGAGACUACAUUUCUGGGUAGAUCGAGAAGGUCAGAGAGGGACAUUUCUUCGUAUAUCUAGAUUUUUCAGUAUGGCUCAGGUACCAAACGAUGUUCCUCACCAAACGACAGAGCGUGUGCCUGUCGUUGAGCUGUUCCAGCCCGGGAAAGUCGUUCACGUGUGCGCGCCCAUGGUGCGCUACUCCAAGUUACCGUUCCGUGCCCUGGUGCGGCGCUACGGCUGCGACCUCGCCUUCACUCCCAUGAUCAUCGCCGAGUCUUUCGUCAAGUCUCUGAAGGCCCGGGACAGCGAGUUCACCACUAAUGCUGCAGAUAGACCUCUGGUGGUCCAGUUUGCUGCGAGAGAUGGUGUGACGUUUGCUGACGCCGCGGAGAUAGUAGCGCCGUACUCCGACGGAGUGGACCUGAACUGCGGCUGCCCCCAGCGGUGGGCCAUGGCGGAAGGAUACGGCUCGUGUCUUCUUAAAAACCCGGAGCUUCUCACCGACAUGGUCCGGCAAGCCAGAGCAAGAGUUUCUGACGAAAACUUCUCGGUAUCCGUAAAAAUCAGGCUCCACAAAGACUUGAGAGAAACGGUAGAUAUGUGUCAGAAGGCUGAGCGUGCUGGUGUGUCUUGGGUAGCUGUACACGGCAGAACUCCCUCACAGAGAGGUGAACCAGUCAACAAUGAAGCUAUAGCACUCAUUAAACAGAGCCUUGACAUCCCUGUCAUUGCAAACGGCGACAUUAAAAACUUAGAGGAUGUGAAACGUACACAGACGCUAACGGGGGUUGACGGAGUGAUGGCAGCCCGCGGAAUACUCCAGAAUCCGGGAAUGUACGCAGGGUAUGACCAGACACCGUUACAGUGUGUACAGGACUGGGUAGACAUAUCCCUCAAGUUAGGAACACAUUUUACAUGCUUUCACCACCACCUGAUGUACAUGUUUGAAAGGGUCACUCCAAAGUCUGAAAAGAGAGUCUUCAACGCACUGACCAGCACAGCAGCGGUGUUAGACUAUCUAGAGGAGCACUAUGGGGUUUCCUACAAUCCUGAUAGAACAGUUAAUGAUGGUCUUCCCACACAAAAUGGUUAUGCUGAGUCAGACAAUUGAUUUUAUCAGUUUAGAUAGCAAAUUCUAAUCUUAUUUGGAUGUAGCUGUUUUAGAACUAGAGUCAUUGUACUACUUACGUAUGAAACAUUUUACUGUGUUA